AGGAGGCUGUGAGUCUGCAGUUUGCUGGGCGCGGGGCCGGGGUUGGGCUCAGGGCUGGGUACGCCAUAAUGGAGCAGCAUUCUCACUGUGUAAACUGCGUCAGCCGGCGCUGCAUGGUCAGGCCGGAAGGAGAUGUUUCUUGCGACUUAAUUGGCUGUCCCUUAGUCUGUGGAGCAGUAUUUCACUCGUGCAAAGCUGAUGAACACCGCCUGCUGUGUCCUCUUGAGAGAGUGCCUUGUUUGAAUAAUGGCUUUGGAUGCCCUUAUAUUGUUGCACGGAACAAAAUUGCUGAACAUCUAGAAGUUUGCCCAGCUAGUGUGGUGUGCUGCACGAUGGAGUGGAACCGCUGGCCUGUAAGUUAUGCCGACCGCAAGUCAUACGAAAGCUUAAGCAAAGAUGGCGAUGGUGUAGAUCAGUUGGACAUGGCUCUAGCACUUCAGGACCAGCGGAUGUUGCUUGAAUCUCUCAAGGUAGUAACAACUGUUUCAAGAUCAUCUGAUAAACACUGUGGAAAUGCUGAACCAAUAUCUGUUUCAAUAUCACCUGAUAAACACUUUGGAAAUGCUGAACCAAUUUCUGUUACUGAGGAAACAUCAGAAAAAGCUCAUUCGAACGGCUUGCUCUCUCUGGAUGAGGAAACUUACAAUGAACUUUACAGAGCUACUGUUGAAACAACCAGAAGCCUAGCUGCAGCACUUGACAUCUUGAAUAAUGCAACAAAGGACACAGAUCUGGUAAAUGGAACAAUAUCUGAAGAACAGUCUGAACGGGUUGGAAAUGCCCAGGCUGCUGGAGAUGAUAAUUCUGAAGGUUCACUGUGUAUAAAGCUGAGAGGUGAUUCACACCAGAACAUAAUUGAUGAAGGAGCGGUUGGUGACAAAGCAGAUUCUGUAGCCAUAGCCGAUGACUUAUCCAGCAGGAAUAUGAACGUCUGUGUAGAAGAGAAUGGGUUUGGAGUGUUGUCUGGUAUGGUGGCAACUGGUGAUGCAGAUGAACAUAUUCGGGUAAAGACAAGUGCCUUAUGCAAUGGCUUCUAUGAGAUGGAAGUGACUGCAGACACUUUGGAUCAGGAUAAGAUGGACACAGAAUCUUCUGAUAAAAAACAAGCUGAAGGUGCAAUGAAUGGCUCGAGUCAUGAAAGUGACAUGGAAUGUGAUAGCAAUUCAUCCGAGCCUGAUCGAUUUUUGCCUGUGUUUGCACGACUACUUACUGUAGAAACUUUAUUGCAACAUGAGCGUUUUCAUGAGGAUACUUCAGAACAUUUGCCAUCCGGAGUGAAAGGAUUAGAGAACAGACCCUUUGAGGAGCGCCUAGCACUGAAGAAUGCAGCCACAUUUAAAUUACUGGAAGGUUUCAAUGGGCGAAGGCCAUACGUUGGUGAUCUAUAUCGGUACAGGAAGAAAAUGGAAGACAAAUCAGUGGAUACUUCUGAUCUAGAAAAAGAAGAUGAUCCUUUGGAACUGCAGGGAAUUGAUCUCAUCACAGCUGCCUUAUUGUUCUGUUUAGGAGACUCUCCCAGUGGCAGAGGAAUAUCGGACAGCCGCAGUGUUGAUGGGAACCAUAUUAAUUCGGGAACACAAACUUUCUCAUUCCCUACAGCCAUAUUAGCAACAAAUACUAUGGUCGGAGAGAUUGCUUCUGCAUCUGCCUGCGACCAUGCCACCCCUCAGCUGUCAAAUCCAAGUCCUUUCCAGACACUUGGGCUGGACCUGGUCCUGGAAUGUGUGACCAGGUACCAAACAAAACAACGUUCAAUGUUUACCUUUGUAUGCGGACAACUCUUCAGGAGAGAUGAGUUUUCUUCUCAUUUUAAGAAUGUACACGGCGACAUUCACGCCGGCCUUAAUGGCUGGAUGGAGCAUCGCUGCCCUUUGGCUUAUUAUGGUUGUACCUAUUCUCAGAGAAGGUUCUGUCCUUCCGCCCAGGGUUCCAAAGUUAUUCACGAUCGACAUUUGAAGUCGUUUGGAGUCCAACUUCAGGUGCCUCCAGGUUUAUUGGCUCCGACUACUGAAAAUAGGAACCUUGCAUUAGGAGCUGCUGUUGACCAACUGAGAAGUCUGCCCUUUGAGAUCCUGCAGCAUAUUGCUGGGUUUCUGGAUGGUUUCAGUCUGUCUCAACUUUCAAAAGUCUCUCACUUAAUGCGGGAAGUGUGUGCCAGUCUGCUGCAGGUUCGGGGAAUGGUCAUACUUCUUUGGGAAAAAAGGCAGCGAUCUAACGGAAUGCCCUCUUGGCAAAUUAAAAGCAAGGCUUGGCGAUUCAGUACCGCUUUUGGUACCGUUAACGAAUGGAAGUUUGCAGAUAUUACAAGCAUGGCUGACCACCUGAAGAGCUGUACGUACAACACUGUGGAGAGACGAGAUGAAGCCAUCCCACUACCGUGUAUGUGCGUGUCACGAGACCUCACGAAAGGAGGUCUCUCUCUACGCUCAGUCCUAAAGCCAGUACUCUAAUCACUCCACUAGCAGAAUGUAAUGAAACACUUGAGCACUCAAUAACCUCUGCUAAUCGGCACUUCUACAUCGUACUGCAAAUCCUGGUCGGUUACCUUGUAUAUAUUAUAUUUUGCUUUGAUGUGAGAUUUAUUUUUGUAGUAUCAGCGCUGUUAAGCUCAAGGUAAUGAAAAGCGCCUUAACACUGACAAUAUGGGCUUUUUGUGAGAGUAUUUUACCCAAGUUGAAGUCUUCCAUUGUAUAUAGAUUUUUCUUGCAUGACCUGGACUUUUUAAGUAUCUGCUGUUUUUCCAGAUUAAUGAUGCAUUUUAAUUGACGUUGCAGUACAUGCACAGCUAUUUUUGUUGUGAUUAAAAUAUCUUUUCCACAUCCUGACCAAAAUCUAGUGAAAUUGAAAGGUAUUCAACUGAUAGCCAACGAUCAUCAAUACAAAGCUUUGUUGUUUCUAGGAUCGGUAAUGCUCACAAGUGUAACAGCAGUAACGGUUAGAAAGCUGACUCAUCUUUACAUUGAUAUGAGAGAUGAGAGUAAACUAGACAUUGCAGAGAAAUUUUAUUUUACCUCAGAAUGCUUAAAAGCAGAAAUGGCGCAGUCGUGCACAGUGUGGGUAAGAAUAUAUUUUUGCCUCUAUCAAAUCCUUACUUCUAAAGCAUCAUUUUACAGAAGGAUUAGCUUUAUUAAUUGCAUACAUCUAUUGGAUAUGUUUGGGUUUAGGAGAGCAUGAAUUAACAUCUAAUCAAUUCUCGCUUCUUGUUCCCUUUCCUGAUCUUCCUCCUGGAGUUCGGAACCUCUCAAGUGUUGGCUGAGAGCCAAAACCUAACCUUUGAUGUAGUGGCCAGCACAACACAGCAGUAUUUCAAUAUUUAAUGUAGUACCCACAUCCAUUACUGUAAGGUAUUUAAAACAACAAUUUUCUUGCUUACAUAUGCACUGCCAAAAACAAAUUUAUUGCACAUUUAUCUACAACACUAGUAUUUUCAAAAUAACUUAAUUCUUUGAAGUGAUCUCUCUUGAACUAAGUUAACUGCAACCUGUCUUUUGCAGUAUCUUGUGCUGUAUUAAUUCUCUAACACUUUGCAGGAAAGACAAUGCAAGUCCAAGUUAUGGACGCCCAAUAUUUAAUGACUAGGUUUAGGUUGUCAACAGAGAAGAUUUAUACAGGUUAUAUUCCUGAUAGACACAGAAGUACUUCUAUGAAGUAGAGGCAAAUGCAUUGAAUGUAAUUCAGGGUUUGAGAUUGUUCAGCAUGUACUCACAUACUUCAUAUAAGUUAUAGUUGUUGGGAAGCUCUAUGUGGAGACUAGAUAUUCUUUGAUUCUUCACAUACAAGACCCUUCUUAAUGUUUUUUUUAUAAUAAAGCAGAAUAUUUGUGGCAAUAAAAAUACUUUGUAAUAACUCACUGCUAUUUUUAUUUUCGGGCUGAUAUGAAAUUUGUACUUCAGAACAUACUUUUACAUAUCUUAGAACAACCAAUUGGAAUAUUCCAAAGCUGGAGUUUUGUUAAAAAGGAUGUGUGGAUUUUAUUUUACUCAGUUUAGUAUGUGCAGGUUGAGGAGAGUAGGUACUGAUUUUGGAUGAUACGUGUACACCUUCACAAUGUUUUUUUUUUAAAAAAAGAAAAGCCCAAAUUGACAAACCUUUUUGUAUGGUUCGAAAUGACUGAUAGUAAGUGAUCUGGAAUGGGCUGGAAAUCAAAUCUGCAAAAUAAAAAUGUUAAUGGUUUUGUCAACAGAAUGCAAGCCAAGUAUUUCAAAGUGAAGAUAACUCUUAAUAAAACUGAUGUAAAAAAAAUUGUAUUGGUGUGCCAUUUCUAUGAAGUAUGGAAUGUAAUUCAGGGUUUGAGAUUGUUCAGCAUGUAAUUUUCUUCAUAUAAGUUGGGUUUUGAAAAUGCAUAACAAAGUGGAUGAAUUAUCAUUAAUAUACUGUAAGACCUACCCAGUUUGAUGCAUGGUUUGAAAAGCUUUUUGUGGUGGAAUUUGAAGCACUUAUUUCUACAAAUGAUUAAUACACCACUCAAAAUGAGUUAUUUCACUCCCAGCAUUAAGUAUGUCUAUUUUAUUUUGGCUGUAUGUUGGGCAUUACUUUUUAUUCCUGCUUCAGAAAUGUGUUAAUUUGGGUCACUAAUAAAUUUGUGUGUUUUACGCCGUAGUCUUAAAGUAUUGAGAUAUUUGGCCCUCUUUAGUUGAAUGCAUUUCCUUUGUCACACGAUAAUAGUGAGUGUGCCUUUAAUCUGAGUGAUAGAAGGAACUUGACUGAAACCCACUUGUAUUUUGGGCUGGUUUGAAAUUCAUAAUGAGAAUAAAAUGCAUUGCUGGGUCUGUGAUUCAAUUUAUUAAGCAAAUAGUUACAAACAUUGAACUGAUUCAUUUACUUUUGUAACUCUCUGCUAUGCUGUAGGUAUGUAAUUGAAUUGGGUCAGUGCAGAAGUUUCCCAGUUUAUUUAUUGUCCCAGAAAAAUCCAAUGGGGAAUAGAAAGCAGUGCCUGAAUCAGCCAGAAUAAGACUUCAGUUCUACCAGCUAUAAUUUUAAUUGUGAGAAGUUUCUGUUGAUAGUCUCGACUUGAUACUACCUGUUACUGUACUAAGUGUUUGCUUUUAUUUUAAACUUCAAGAAUCCUAAUAAAAUCUUGUAAUUUUCGUUGAAA